CUGCGUUGUAUUAAACCACCGCAACUCGCUUCUGUCGGUGACGGAGGACCUGGCUCAUGCACCCAAGAAUCCUUCAGCAAUCCUUCAGCAAUAACCGAACAAGUCCACAUCAUGCGCGUGGUUGUCUUCGGCGCAACAGGCGGACAGGGCAUCGCCCAAAUCUCAGCCCUCAGAGCGGCAAACCACCAUCCCAUCGCUGUGAGCCGGCAACCCCGCACCACCUCCCCGCCCGUCGAGACCCGCGUCGCAGAGCUCACCGAUCGGCUCGCCGUCCGUGCUGCUCUAUCCGGAGCAGAAGCAGUCUUGUUGAACUUGCCUUCCUUUCAGCCAGCAAAUUUCCUCUAUGCUGCUGCAAAGGCCAUUGGCGCUGAGGCCGCUGCGCAGUCGUCGACUCUGAAGCUCAUCGUGUUCAACACGAGCUUUCCCGUCCCCGAGACGAAUGUCGGCAUUGAGGCCCAGGAGCAUCGUCGGGAGACACGCCGAAUUUUGCGGGAGGCGGUCCAAGGAAGCGGCGUAGCACUCGUUUCGAUACAACCCGGCGUUUUCCUUGAUAACCUACUCGAAGGCUGGGCUUUGCCACGCCUGAGAGACGAAGGACGAAUAGUCUAUUGCCACAAACCAGACCUCGAGGUGUCGUGGAUCUCUCUCGAUAACUUGGCGCUCUUGAUGGUCGCAGCCUUGGCACGGGAUCCGGCGGAGCUCGACGGACGGAAUAUAGUCGUAGGCGGGCCGGAAACGGUGAAACUGUCUCAACUUGCCGAGAAGCUGGGCCGUGCGUGGGGCCGGGAGGUUGGGUAUGAGAACCAGACGGUUGAUCAGUUUUCCGAGGAGAUGGCUGCGGCAUUGAAGUCCCAAAUGCAAUCCGGUAAAGACUUGGAAGUCGUCGUGGAUGAGACGAGAAGGGCUUAUACGUGGUACAACGAUGCCGAGGAGAAGCCCUUCAAAGUGGAUAUGGCGCCCGUGUUGGAGGAACUGAAAGCCAGCUUGACGGGAAUUGAGGACUGGGGGAGACUCAAGGGCUGUCCCAUACAGAUCAAAUGAGACCCUGGACCUGUUUACUGUCGUUAGUACCAAUGAGAUAGUGUUUUGGCGAUUCCAGAAGCCAACCUGGCAUCUUUUCAAACAAAUCGCUCAUUCUCUAGGCGCCGGAUCUAUGGCUGAAGUAUUUGAGAAAGAG